UAUGCAAGUAUUUCCUGAGUAGGUCUAACGCGUAAGUCUUCAUUGGUUGUUAGUAUGGCUCCUCACUUCGCAAUACGUAACGAAUUUCUGAUACUUGGAGUAUUUGCCGUUUUCCUGUCGAAUGUUUUGCUUUGUGAUGGUCGCCUUCCACAACAGAGACAGAGUGUCAAAACUUCCCUGAUGAUACUCUAUUUAACCUUGAAAGAGGAGAGUCAAGCAAUGAGACUCUCUAAGUUUUCUGCAGAUGGGUGUGGUGAAACAAAAAGCUGUUUCUUUAAGCCAGAAUCAUGUAAAUCUACUCCAAAUAAGUGUGACUACUUCCUGACUUACAAACCCCAAGGAUCCACCAUUACUUUUGAACUGAGCAGCAGUACUAAGUGGGCGGCAGUUGGAUUUAACCAUAAGGCUGUUAUGGAUGGUACAGAUGCCAUUAUUUGUUCCCUUCAGAAUGGUAGCAUUAAAGUUGGUCAUUAUGCUAUCAAGGGAUAUCAAACACCAACUAGAACAACAAAGAACAUAAAAGGACUAAAAAUUGAACAACAAUCUUAUGAUGAAGGAACUAUCAAAUGCAGGUUUAGUAGAGAGAAGCAGGAUGGAAUCAUGACUACUGACCUCAACAAUAAACUAGUAUUUGUAAUAUUUGCACAAGGGCCUACAGGGCCUGGUGGAUCCCUCAGAGAACACAGCUGGAAAGGUCACUCCAUGAGCCCAGUGAAUCUUAAUGAAAUUCAAAACCUUGAGGCAACAGUGUAUGAUUUAUCACUAAUUCAAAUCCAUGCGGUGUUGAUGGUGAUUGCCUGGGUGGGUUUUGCCACCAUAGGGAUGUUUAUAGCAAGAUACAUGAAGCCAGUCUGGGGUGAAAAGGAACUGUGUGGCAGGAGGCUCUGGUUUCAGGUACAUCGUGCCAUUAUGGUUAUCACAGUUCUAUUAACUGUAAUAGGAGUAACUCUAGCCUUCAUUUAUGUUGGUGAAUGGUCUGAGGAUGCUGGUGCUCAUCCUGUCAUUGGCAUUAUUGUACUGUCAAUUACUGUCCUACAGCCAAUUGUGGCCACUCUCAGACCUCCUCCACAUGGAGAAAGACGAUGGAUGUUCAACUGGGCACAUAGAAGUUUUGGAUUGAUUGCGUUAGCAUUAUCAGUGAUAAAUAUAUUCCUGGGUUCUGUACUACCAGCAUUCCACCUGGAAAGUUCUGCAGUGUAUGUGAUGAUUGUCUAUCUGCUAGUGCUUGCAGCAGUGGUGAUGUUUGAAAUCUACUUGGCUUACAAACAAGGAAAAAGUGUUAAAGAGUAUUGUGUGCUUUCUAAACCUCAAGAUGAUGAAGUUGAACUCACUACAGUUUCAGCCAGCAGAACUGAAAUUGAUGUUGAAAAGGUAUUUAAGCUACACACCAUUAUGUUUGGAGUUCUUAUUUUGGCUCUCAGUAUUAUUUGCCUAGCCAUGCUGAUACUGAUCACUGUGCACAGGGAUGCUGUUGAUGACUGAAUAGCUGCUUUGGCUCUGUUUGAUGUAGAGUCACCAAAACCUUCCACACAAAAAUGUUUAAAAGUGGUUUUAACUUCUGCAACAAUUGUGCAACAAUUUAAAACCAACAAAAGUUCACUCCGGAACGUGUUGAGUGGUAAUGAAAUUAAAUGUCCUGAGAUAUAAGUUGUAGGUAGGAUUGUUGUUAUUAUUACAAUCUGAGAGUUUUCUUUGGAACAAAGAAAGUAUGAAUAAUUAUAUAUUUGGGUAAAAAAAACCCUCUAUUUUGGGAUGUUUUCUCACUGGAGGUUAAAAAAGAUAGUGUUUUCAUAUGCAGUUUGUGCGAGGCAGGCAUCCUGUAGGUUACUCAGGGUUGAGUUAUUGUAAAAAAGCAAUGUUUCAAAUCUAAUACUGCUAAAUUUGGGCUCAAUGUAUCAUUAUCAUGGUACAAAUUGCAUAAAGAAUGCAAAAAUUGCCCAGUGUUACUUACUACAGUUACUUACUAUAGUUACUUAUAGUUUCUUUUAGUAACAGUAUUUGCCUUCAUUUUAAAUAGUUUUGCUUUUAAUUAGUUCUGCUUUGUCACUGAAUUAUAUUUGACAUACAAUGUACUUUAUCUCACAUUCACUUAAAGAAACAGAAAUAAAUAUUGAAAAUAAUAUUA